AUGGAUCACCGCGAAGCCACCUUGGAGGCGGAUAAAAUCCACCAGAAUCGCCUGCCCAGCGUCCCGGAUGACGACGACGAGGAACAAGAUGCCGCCUUUACCAUUGUCAGAGUCCUGGACAAAGUGGCGACCAUUGUGGACAGUGUGCAGGCGAGUCAGAAACGCAUCGAAGAGAGGCACAGAGAAAUGGAGGAUGCCAUCAAGACCAUUCAGAUAGACAUUCUGAAGCUCGCACAGGCCCACAACAACACCGGCUACACAGUCAACAAGCUGCUGGAGAAAACCCGCAAAGUGAGCGCUCGCGUUAAAGAAGUGCGGGCACGUGUCGAGAAGCAGAACGCGAACGUGCAGAAGGUGGAGGCCAAGCAAGAGGAAAUGCUGCGGAAAAACAAGUUCCGUGUUGUCAUUUACCAGGUAAACAGGGUUUGGGGGUUUGGUUUUAAUUGCAAUCGCUUCUGCUGCGUUCAUCACUGUUUCUGACAUCCUUGUUGGUUGUUUAACAAACCAGAGGGGAGGUAAAAGCAGCCUUUCCGAUAUCAAGUGUGUGUGAUAUGCUUUUGAUUUAUUUAAUUUUUAGAAAAAUUGAUUUGUGCCUCUGAACGUGUUGCAGUAUGAAUCUGCCAGUGGCAAAGCACUCGGUCUAUUAUUAGUGUCAAGAGGCUUCUCCAGCAGCCAGCAUAAGAUUAACUGUAGAUCAGCAAGGACUAUUUGUUGCCUCUGUGAAAGGCAAUCUGGGCAGGCGCUUGGGCAUCUUGACAGAGUAUUCCAUGCUUGACUGUCAUCCCUGUUAUUUUUCCAGAGAAUUAACUAGAGUGCUAAACCUCUGAAUUUCUCUGCACAAACUAGCCCUUCCAUUAAUUGUGCUUUCAAAAAAGCUGAUUUAUAUUUUGCUUACUGGUUGUUGGACCUUAUUGUAAGUUGUGAUCCCCCCACCUCAGAGAUUUACUUCUAAGCUCUUCCUGGGGUGACUCUUUUGCAUACCAUUCUCAGGAUUUCUUUGGAAUUGCUUAUCUCAAAAUGACUUACCCCAAGAAUAGCUUGAAGUGGAAAGGAAUGAAAAGUUAUUGUGCUGAAUGAAGGUGUUUGAUGCAUACAGAAAUAUUUCAUGUACCAAGUGUGCCCAAAUGACUAGUUUUUGCGCUCAGAUGCAGGGGUACAGAAGUGAUCUUUCCUGCAUCUGCAGUGCUGUGUUUAAGAGAGAUUCAGGAUCCUCAAUAAGGGCACCCAGAAUUGAGAAUAUUUAGCAUCUAGCCAUUAGAACGUCAGUUUUCUUCCUUGUAAAAGCAGUCAUUGAUGGGAAAAUCUAGAUUCGCCAGGCUGUUAGGGUUCAGAUUGUGAAAAGUGAUUGGCACUUAAAUAAUUUCUUUCAUGUGUAUGGUUUCUUUAAAGUUACUUAGUCCCAUCAAUUUCAGUGGCAGAGUUAAAUACUGUGUUAAUUGCAAAGUGCACAUAUUUGGGUAUGAAGGCAAAAUUCCUUUAUCACCCUGUACAACUGCUUCUCCCUAUGGAUUAAAUGGUAGUUCACUAUUACAAAAAAAUCUUUUGAAAUUAUCCAUUCACAUUACAGCUUACUGCAGACUCUAGUCAUUUCUACACACACAAGCUCUGCCAAAACUACUGGUACUUGAAAAUAUAUUUGUAUAACAUUAGGCAAAAAAUGAAGUGAGAAUUUUCUAGUCUAAUAGUAAGUUACUACUGAACUUAUAAAGUUAGUAGCUCUACAUCCCCGUGGCAUGUCUCUUCUGUGAGGUGCAGAAAUCCACUGAAGUUCAGAGACCAAGAGCAACCUUUACUAUAUUAGUACAUAGUCAAUGUGCAGCAUGCUCACUGGACAGGAUGGUCUAUGUGCCUAGCUAUGGCACAGAAUCAAGCCUGCUGCAUCCCUGCCUUCCGCUAAACUUGGCAACAUAACUCUAAAGCAUGGGGCACUGAUGGGGAGAGCGCUGCAUGCUACUUAUAGCACACACUAGCUGUGGGUAGCUGUCAUUUGGUUCAAGCCAACUUCAGAGCAUGGGUCCCAAGGUUGGCUUGUUUAAACAAACCAUAGUUGACAUUAAACUCCAUUAAGGUUUCAGAAGACACACUAGACUGUGGCAGAAGUGAACUCCUUGCAGCUACCCCAGAGCUCUUUGCAGCUACCCUAGAGGAGGAGUGGUGGGCAUAGCUCAGGUGUUUAAAGAGCUGUGCUGAUGAUGCCAAGGUUGCAGGUUCAAUCCCUGUACGGGACAGCUGCAGAUUUCUGCAUUGCAAGGGGUUGGACUAUAUGAUGGAGCACUAUGCAAGUGUGUGGCACAUUUGACACUCUAAACUAUGGCUUAGUGUCACAUGCAAAGGAGGCCGGUGUAUAAUCCUGCUGAGAUCUCAGAUGAGAUGAUCUGGAUUCUACCACCUAUGAUAUUUUUGCAAAUAUUGGAAAUAAUCUCAAAAUUAGUGGCAGGCAAAUCCCUGAGUGGUAGAUUGUGCCUGUGGAGAAUGAAAUGUUCUCUCUAGAAAAAAAACAGCUGCCUGGCCGGCGGCCAGAAAUUUGGGUUGGGCCCAUAGCUCAGUUGCCAAGCACAUGCUUUGCAUAGGAAGAUCCCAGGUUAGGUCUCUCUGCUGGAAAGGGUUUCAAAUAUCAGGGCUGACUGUGAAAAACCUCCCACCUCAGAUCCUAGGGAACUAUUGCCAGGUAGAGAAUAGUAGGCUGUGAACAAGGUGCCAAGUGCUUGUUGUCGUUCAUCUCCAGCAGUUUUGCCAUCACUGGCCAGAACACCAGAAAGCUGCAGAUUUUCCAAGCAAUUGCAUAGAAUUCUGCCUGCACAUUUCCCCUUAGAUCUCUUUAUGUAAUGUAAAGGGAACAGAGACUUACAGAUAUGACAAUUGGACAUUCAGGGAAAGGACUUCAGAGAUCCCUGAGAGAGAGAAUCCUCCCUCCCUCCCUUAAAUAUACUAUAUAUAUGUGAGUGAAUGGUUUAUCUAUCUAUGCAAUUUCUUUACUGUGUUGAGGGAUUCCGAUAGUGGUUCAGUCACAGCAGGACUUUGGGGCAGAAUGCCAUCUAAAGAGCUCCCUUCCCUUAAACCAUUACAGCCAGUCUAAAAUUUCCCAACUUUACCACUGGCUUUUGAUAGGAUCAAAACUUUAAAGUUUCAUUUAUUCCAAAGGGAAAUUUACAGGGCACUCCUAUGCGUGUUUACCUGGAACUAGAUUCUCCUACUCCUUAGGAAGUCUCGAUAGGAUUGCACUGUGCAUGUAUGUUCUGAAUCUUCCUCUCUAUAUUUUUUUCUUUGUUUCUACACAGCGACUUGACAUCUUUGUUCUUUAGUAUUCCAUGCAAUGGUUAGGACUUUGUUAGUUUCAUUUAUGUUUUAGAGCAUUUUUUAAGUAGUAUGCAUCCAACUGCCAUAACGUGUUGAUGUGGCAAUUGGGUGUUCAGUCACAAAUACCAGCCAGAAAGCUGGAAUUAGCUGUGUCAACUUGGUUGAGUAGCCAACCAGGUUUUUUGGCUAUACAAUGUGUGAAAUGGCCCUUUGCUAUAUUUAUAACAUAACAUUUUCCCUAAGUCAAGUUUUGUGCUUAUGUGAUUAUUGAUCAAAUGUGAUCAGUAAUCACAGACUAUGCCGUGGGAUAUUUUUUUUAGUCAAAUGGUUAUACAAACAGUCAAGUUUGUGAAUGACACCCCAUCCGCUCCCUCAUAGUCCAAAAGGAGUAUCCAGCAUUCUCUUUUUACCUCUUAGCUGAUGCUGCACCCAGUUCCUGUAAUCUAUUCAGAUGUUUUUCAUGCCAUCUGCAGCAGGGCAGGGCCCUGGAAUGUGCAAAAGUCAACAGGGUGGCUUCCCUGUUUUGCACUGGAGGCCUGGAGUGACUUUAGCAUCAGCAAAAAAGGACAGGAGCAAAAUCAGUGCAUGGCAUUUACUAAAACUGGGACGGGCACACAGGAAUUUUUGGAAUAGCUUCUUCCAUAGCACACUGAGAUAGCUGCCAAGGUGGUCCUUGGAGACCAAAAGGCAGAGUAUCAAAAUUUUAAUAAUAAUGAUGAUGUCCCACCUUUUCCCCUGACACUCAAGGCAGCUUACAGAUAAAAAUAAUAGCAGCUAAAACAUUGGAGGGGGGAAGUAUUCAUUAAAAACAAUUAAACUUUGAUAAAUUAUACACACACACACACACACACACACACACACUUAUAAAAGUGUGUACUUUACUUAUAAAAGUAAAAAAUACAAAUAAUGACACCAGCCCUUUCAUUAAAAGCAGUCAGUUCCUGUUGGAUCAAAAAAGUCCCUCCUCUACAAGGAGGGAGUUAGUCAAAUUUCUGGGAGCAGCCACCAAGAAGGCCCUCUCCCACUUCCCCUGCAAGCUUAAAUGAAAUAUUGGUGCUGCGUGUAAUAUAUUCAGUUUACUUGAUGAAUAGAUUGUCAGAUAAAGCAGUUGCAUCAAAAUGCCCCACCAGCCUCUGCCUACUUUACCCUUCUCAGGCUUUGCUGCUCUGUUGUACUAUGUGUGACCUAACCAUGGUUUACCAAAUGGAUCGAUUCUUUGGACCGAUUCUCCUAGCCAUAGUUGAGUGUGACAGUGACACUCUUAAAUGUCUGUAAGAGACUAACCAGGAAUUUGGCUCGUGCCGAAGAAGAGGAUAGGAGUUGAAGAUGGCAGAAAACAUGCGAUGCCAUUGUCCACUCCUUAUCGAUCAUCAGUGCUAUUUCUGCCUGGCCCAAGGGAGAAAAAUACAAAACAAACCUAAUGCCUUUUUUUGGCUGGGGGGCAGGGAGCUAGCAUAGGAGGCAGCACAGAAGAUAAAACAAUGAUAAUGAACAUAGGAAGCUUAUACUGAGUCUAUUGUCUACACUGGCUGGCUGUGGCUAUCUAGGGAUUGAAUCUGGCAUCUUCUGCCUGCCAAGCCCUUCUGAGGUAUAUUUUGCUUUGGUGCAGCAGUUGCUAAGGAGCUGGCCAUCUGGAAGCACCUUUAUUCCUUUCCUCCCUCAACAAUAAGCCCUUUUUGACACAUUGUGCUUUCACUUGCAGGAGGACAUUCCGUGCCCAUUGUCUCUGUCAGUUAUCAAAGACCGGACACAAGGGGAACACCUAGGAGAUGCCUUCUGCCCACCUGAUGAUCUUUCUUCCGAUGAGGAGUAUUACAUAGAAGAAAGCAAAGCAGCCCGGUUUAAGAAGUCAGGCAUGAGACGUAUCAACAAUAUAAAGAAGGCCUUCUCAAGAGAGAACCUCCAGAAGACAAGGCAAAAUUUUGGCAAGAGGGUGGACAGGCUCCGAACUAGAAUAGUGACGCCAGAGAGGAGAGAGCGAAUAAGGCAGUCAGGAGAGAGGCUGAGGCAAACUGGGAUAAGAUUUAAGAAAAAUAUAUCCAAUGCAGCACCAACCAAGGAGACCUUCAAGAAGAAGAAGAAACCUAAAGAGCAGGCAAUGGCUGAAGGUCAAGAUGGAACCCAAGAGGCUACUGGCGAUACAACAACAACAGCUGAUAGUGGGGAUGCCGAGCCAGUCUCUGAAGAAAUUUCCUACACAGAGGUAAUAACCAAAGUGAAGAAAGACAAAGGUGGUGGAUCGAAAGGCCCUUCUCAGGCCGAAGAGAAGAUAGUGAUUACUCCUGAAAAAAUAGUGCUCAAGCAGGAGGCAAAAGAAGACGAGGAUGUCCUUCUAUUGGAUCUGAAGCAAUCUGCCUAA